GUUUUUCAGGGCCUUUGAUUUAUCUUACCAGGUGCUGAAAUUCGCACAAAGAUGGAUUUGUCAUGGUCGUACAAGGAGAAAACAGAUGCUCCAACGUUAGUUAUGAGCCUAAAAUCGGAGCUAACGAAACAGAUCAGGCGUAUGAACACAGACGUCGGUCGACUUGAUAAUGUUUAUUUUGGAAUAAACGAAGGCACCAAAAUGCUGCGAAGUAUUUUAUGCAGACAAUGUAGUAAUAACGUGAAAUCUAAGAAUACAGAACUGUUUUCAAAUCGUGAACGACAACACAAAAAGAAGAAGUUAAAAACGCUGUCACCUGAAUUUCAACAGCUUGUGGACGAAUUAACAACCAGGUUAUUUCAACUCGAACGUUAUCAAAACGAAAAGAAUGACGAUGAGGAGUAUUGUACACCACAACAAUACUAUGCUCAAGAAAAGUUGGAACUUGAACAGACAUAUGAAAAGGAGCUACAGGAUAUGGACACUGAAAUAACUGAACUAAGAAGCAAGCAUACAAAGGAGAUACAGGAAAGAGACAAAAUAAUUAAUGAUUUGGAGAAACAGCUAGUAAGCGAAUUGCGGAAGAAAAACAAAGAACGCAAACGUCUUGAAGUGGAACUUGCAAUAGCUGAGCGUAACAAUGAACUGUAUAAAAAAGACUUGGAAAGGAAACAGGAAGGAAGGGGAAACCGUCUGAGGAAUUCUGGACACGUAUCAUUCCGAGAUACCAAAGAUGACGAGACUAAACAGCUAAAAGAAGACCUGUGUUCAAAAGACACAGAAUUACAUACACAACAGAAAGAAAAGAAGGACAUGCAGACAAAAGUCAAGGAACUUUCACAUGAACUUGAGGAUCCUAAAAAGAUAAUGAAGACCAUAAAAGAUGAAAACGAUUCUUUUAACAAAUUCCUUGAGGAAAAGAAGGGAGACCUCGACAUUGUUCGAACUGAAAAUGAGGGAUAUGUCAGAGAUAUAUCCGAACUACAGACAGAGAGACAGACGUUACAAGACGCCCUUACCAGGACUAAGGAGGAGAUGUCAUCAAUCACAGAGAGACAACAGCACGACGUUGAUGGGUUAACAGAGGAACUCGGUUUAAAAGACGCAGAAUUACAAACACAACAGAAAGAAAAUAAACGUCUGCAGACAACAGCCACGGAACUUUCACAGGAGCUUGAGGAUCUUAAAAAGUUAAUGAAGAACAUAAAAGAUGAAAAUGAUUCUUUAAACAAAUUCCUUGAGGAAAAGAAGGGAGACCUCGACAUUGUUCGAACUGAAAAUGAGGGAUAUGUCAGAGAUAUAUCCGAACUACAGACAGAGAGACAGACGUUACAAGACGCCCUUACCAGGACUAAGGAGGAGAUGUCAUCAAUCACAGAGAGACAACAGCACGACGUUGAUGGGUUAACAGAGGAACUCGGUUCAAAAGACAUAGAACUACAGACAGAAAAGAAAGAAAAUGAAGACAUGAAGACAAGAGUCAAGGAACUUUCACAGGAUCUUGAGGAUCUUAAAAAGUUAAUGAAGAACAUACAAGAUGAAAAUGAUUCUUUAAACAAAUUCCUUGAGGAAAAGAAGGGAGACCUCGACAUUGUUCGAACUGAAAAUGAGGGAUAUGUCAGAGAUAUAUCCGAACUACAGACAGAGAGACAGACGUUACAAGACGCCCUUACCAGGACUAAGGAGGAGAUGUCAUCAAUCACAGAGAGACAACAGCACGACGUUGAUGGGUUAACAGAGGAACUCGGUUCAAAAUACAUAGAACUACAGACAGAAAAGAAAGAAAAUGAAGACAUGAAGACAAGAGUCAAGGAACUUUCACAGGAUCUUGAGGAUCUUAAAAAGUUAAUGAAGAACAUAAAAGAUGAAAAUGAUUCUUUAAACAAAUUCCUUGGGAGCAAGAAGGAUGAUCAUGUUAAAGUCCGUAAGGAAUAUGAGGAAUAUGUUAAAGACACGUCCAAAUUACAGAAGGAGAGACAGACAACGCUAGACAAGACAGAUUCCCUCGCCGGGUAAAUGCUAUGUCAUUCAGCAUGGAAGGCCAACAGCGAGAGAUUGAUAGGUUGACAGUAGAGCUCGAGAGAAAGGACUCAGAAAUACACAGCGCUUUGGAAGAAUGCCGACGUUUAAAAAGGAAAACCGUUGUGAUGAGAUUACUGCGUAACAGCCGCUGUGGAAUAGGAAAAACUAUGGUGGAAAUGGUGAGCAAGGAGCUGACGAGAUUGCUAGAUCGACGAUUCGAUUCCAGAUCCGUCGAUUUCAAUGUUGUAUAUAGUGAUACAUCAGCCGGUUUACCGCACGGAGUUUUGUUCGUGUUAUGCCUGAAUAAGUCAAACAUUGUCACAAGCAUUCAGGAUGCCCUGAAAGAGACGAAAGGUCGGAGAGAUACAUUUGUUCUUGUAAUGCAUCACACCGCCAUAGAAAACCUGCCUCACAUGACACCUACAAGAACCAGAGUGGCCAGAAGUAAUAUCGAGCUGCAGCUUGAUGGGAUAAUUGAUAUGGCGUUUAGCAGUGACAAUGGUCUGUACGAAUGUGAUCUCAACAACAAUGCUGUUGACAAAAUCGAAAGCAUCAUGAAGAGAUUUUGAAUUUUUGUGACGCUGACAUUAUUUCAUUUAUUUUGUCGCCUGCCAAUCAUGACGAACACUUCGGUAUCGUCGGCGGCGUCGAUAUUGUCAGUCUGACUUUAAUUUUCCUUACUUUUUGUCUAUACCAGUUUGCCAAAUCAAUUUGUAGCUAAGAUUAUAGCUUUGUCAUAAUUAAG